ACCGAUUAAAAUGCGGCGCUGUGAUUGGUUGACACAGUUAGGUGUGGAGGCGAUUAGUCAGAAAUUCCAACUGUCAAAUUUAGUGUUCGCUCACCAAGAUUUGUGAUCGUUUGUGCUUGAAUAUCGUAAUAAAUUACCCGAACAAUGUCUUCCCGCAAAACCGUAAGCAGAAGGGGCACAACCAAAAAGCGCGCCCAAAGGGCCACCUCGAAUGUGUUUGCCAUGUUCGACCAGGCCCAAAUAGCCGAAUUCAAGGAAGCCUUCAACAUGAUCGACCAAAACCACGACGGAUUCGUCGACAAGGAAGACCUGCACGACAUGCUCGCUUCCCUGGGCAAGAACCCCAACGACGAAUACUUGGACGGCAUGAUGAGCGAGGCCCCCGGGCCAAUCAACUUCACCAUGUUUUUGACGUUGUUUGGGGAGCGUCUCCAAGGCACCGACCCGGAGGACGUCAUCAAGAACGCCUUUGGUUGUUUCGAUGAGGAAAACAUGGGGGUGAUUAACGAGGAGAGGCUUCGCGAGCUCCUGACGUCCAUGGGGGACCGCUUCACCGACGACGAGGUUGACGAGAUGUACCGCGAGGCUCCGAUCAAGAACGGAUUGUUUGAUUAUGUUGAAUUCACUCGCAUUUUGAAGCACGGAGCCAAGGAUAAGGAUGAGCAAUAAUUCGAUUGUAAUAUUCUAUUGUUAUUUGGGGAAAUAAUAUAACAGUAUUCCAUUGGUUUGCAGGCUCUUUUUAGAUCAUAAAGUGACAUAUUAGUGCUUAAAAGUUUUUAUACAUGUAUAUAUUUAACGACUUAUCAGCCUAUAUAGAUAAAUUUUUGAAUGUUUUUGUACUUAUUGAAAUAAAUAUUUAUGGAAA